GAAUUGCAGGUCCCUACUUAAAAGCAGACCAGGCUUCACUUCAUAGUAAAAUGGAAGGUUCUGUCUGUAACAUGAUGACCAGAAGGAAACCAGCAGCUGUUGACAGUGUUGCAAUGCCGAGCCCAGUAUUAUCUCUCCUACCUUCAUCAUCAGCAACAUCCAAAGCAGCCAGCCCACCAUUGAAGAAAAGGUUCAAGCGCCGUGAAAUUGAAGCAAUCCAGUGUGAGGUGCGCAAGAUGUGCAACUAUACCAAGAUCUUGUCCACGAAGAAGAACCUGGAUCACGUGAACAAAAUCCUGAAAGCCAAGCGGCUACAGAGACAAUCAAAGACAGGCAAUAACUUCAUCAAGAAGAGGAGAGGGCGUCCCCGGAAGCAACCUCUCUCGUUCGACGAAGACUCCAGAGACCAAAUGCCCGUUCUGGAAAAAUGCAUUGACCUUCCCAGCAAAAGAGGUCAGAGCUCAACACUGAAUCCUUUACUAUUGGAACAAGCAGCCACCCAAGACACAAUCAUGGCUACUAUUGAG